GCAACUAUGUCAAACACGGCGCUUACUGCUAUAUCACUUUGUCUUGGAAUCUGUUUCAUAUUCUUCGGAACGCUGAAGUUGGCGCCUAUCUUUUCAGAAGAACUCUACCGAAGCAUGCGAAAAAUCUUUGUCAAAACCUACGAAUCCUUCCCGCUCAAGAACUGGGUCGGCUGGAAUCCGAGCCCUCAUGUUAUUCGUCGAGUCUACGGUUCGGUAGAGGUUGUGGGCGGGAUUCUGUUACUGAUCGGAUCCAGUCUUCUACAGGAUAUUAGUGCAGGUGGCCUGCUGUGUUUGAUGCUCUUCAACCUAUUCUCAAUUUGGAACUCACAGGGUGAUCCUAAAGAUGCGUCCAAUUCAAUUGUUUUCGGUUUGCUGCUCACUUGUUGGUUUGUCAUUCGUGCACAGCUUGUCCAAAACGCUCAACAAACAUCAGCUGAAAAUUAUGAUGCAGCGCUCAAGUCUGAAGUUCGCAGGCGUAUUGGCCUUCUGCGGAAAGGGUUGGCCGAAAUGCAAGAACUAAGUGAUCGAGACAACCGAACCGGUAACAGUGAUCCCGUAGACGAGAGUGGUGAGGUGUUCCAUUCUGCUCAGGACCACGUGAAGAAAGAUUGAUGUCUUGGUCCACUGCCGAUUGUUACACUAGUGCACAUCAACAGUCUGUCUCCCAGAGGACGGUGUGCAUUUUCGGUUGUCACCACGAGUGAUCUGCAACUUGAGUACACAUACUAUUCCAUAACAACUGAGCACCGAAGCUUGAAAUGCCGGUUUCUUUUUGAUUUUACACUUCUUUGGUGUGCAUUUUCCACGUUCUUACUCAGCGUUUCUUGCAAUGCUACUUUGUUUCUUUCAAACACAGAAUGGUUACUUUGUUGACAACUUUUGAUGAGACGGUUUCCAAGGAGUCAUGUGACCGAACCCUCUUGUUUAUUCGGUAUUACCUAGACUGGG